UGGCCGCCUACAGCAGAGGCCACUGCGGCAUUCCAGAGCAGCACUGCAGCAAGCAAUCGCGCCGGCCACCGUGCUUCGGAGCCUGAAACCGCCGCCCCAGGACAGUCGACAGCGGCCCCCACGGGCCGGUCUUCCUUCCUGCCAAACCGCCGCCACCGCGUCGCCAUCAACGCAUGGACAAAGCCAGCACACAUGACAAGCAGAACGAAGAGUCACAUCAGGGCAGUGAAGGAAAACGGAAGGAAUCAACAGAGCAGCCAAGCAAACCACAGUCUGCAGCCUCAGCGCUCAGUGAUGCUUCAAGUAAUAAAGCACAGCCCCCUUCAAACUCUGUUGACACAGGGCAGGAGAGUGCGGCAUCCGCAACUUCGGGGCAAUCAGUGCAAGACACAGCAGCGGACGCUACGGUACUUACCGUGACUGGACCGGGGUCGAUAACAGUGAAACCGGAAACAGUACAAUCAACGUGUUCGGCGGUGCAUCAAACAACUACAUAUCCGGAAAGCGUCACUACAAUGGCGUCAGAACAGCCAGCUGCCGCUGUGACUACGGGUACAAAAGAACAGGAUCAUGGACAGACGUCGAGUGUGACAGAACGCUUGGAAAAAGCAGUGCCUUCGGAACGGGAUGCGUCUUGCACGCAUAAAAAUGGCGAUGAUAAAUCCAGUGACUCUAGUUCUAACGUCGCUUCUAGUCAGGUUGAAGCCGCUAUGGUAGUGGACCAGGCCUCGUCUGUGGCUCGUGAUGGAUCUCCCGAGUCAUCAAGAGCUGCUUCCGCGGGGUCAUCGACGCAGAAUAUUGAUGAAGGCGCCAAAGGCGAACUAUCUGCACCGCCUAGCGAGAAACAACUUCAACCAAGUUCAUGUGAUAAGACUGAAAUUGCGCUAAAGGAAAGUAGCAAAGCAACCGAGAAAGCAGAUUCGAGUGGGCAAGUUGAAAUUCCGCAAGUGAGCGAAAGUAAGACACGUCCAUUGCAACCGGCGCCUACAGCUACAGAAGAACCACCAGCAGCUACCAUUACCAACUCAUUAACGUCGCCUACAUCUAAGCAAAGUGAACCAGAAAAAAUAUCUAGUGCCACGAAGAAUGAAAGCGAACAACCCAGUGCCACAGACGACAGACCAAAGUCAUCGAUACCUCCUCCUCCCGUUUAUGAAGAACCGUCUAGAGUACCUUCUGCCAAAUUAGAAAAGAACGCCGCGGAAGACAAGGAACCAACAUCAAACCAAGUUCAGAGUGCUACAACAAAAUCACCAGAUGUCGUGGAAGAAAAAAUUCUUCCGCGACAAGCGUCUCUUUCUGGGAUUACAGAAUCAUCUAUGCCAAUUGAAAAGCCGGAUAUCAAUAAGCCAGUAGUAUACGUUCCUCGAAAGGGAAUUGAAGAAGAGCCACUUCUGGGAGAGACGGACGCAUAUUCGGAUAUACAAAAGCAGAUAGAAAAGUUAAUGGAAGAUACUUCGAAGCUUGAGCCAGAUUCAACUGCAGCCCCUAAAGAAAAGCACACCGAAGCCCCGGGAGGCAAUUUGGCGUCAGACACAAAAGACGAAAACGUGCAAGGUGAUUCUAUUUCCGCAGAAGGCGAAACAACCCAGUCAGAAGUGAAAGGAAAAGAGGAGAGCACAGAAGGUAAACCGGUGGGAGAGGCGUCAAAGCCGGACAACAUUCCAGAGAAAGACUCCAACUCAAUUUCUGAAACCAAAACGGGAGACGCGGACACCGUAAACUCGGCAGAACAAGCGCCUCGUAAAGCAGAUGCAGAACCCGAGAAGACAGAUGCCGAAAAAAGCAUUUCAAUAGUGGAAGAAUCCACCAAAAAGGAAGGAGUUUCAGAAUCCGUGCCGGCCGCUGAUGGGCUGGAGAACAGUUCUGGGGACGGAUCAGACGCUAAACUGAAGGAGGUUGAGCAGACGACGUCACCUUCCGGGAAUGGGAAGAGCGAAGAAACGGAUAAUAAACUUACUUCCUCUCAAACAGAUGAGAACACAGUCGAAGGGAAAGCGGAGGUAAGCGCUGCUUCUGUGGACGAUCACACCGAGUCCAUACAAAAGCAGCAAACCGAAAAGGAAGCAGAUACAGGAGCAGCAGGUAAAGGGGGUGCAUCAGAGGCGGUCGCAGAUGAGGUCGAAAAGCACGAUACAGAAAAACGUGAUAUUGAAAAGGACACUCACAAAGAGAACGCCGAAGAAGAAAAACAACAGAAAGACGCAGAGACAAAAGAAGCCACCUCGAAGGGAGACGAGGAAUCCGCAACAUCAAAGUUGCCUUCUAGUGAGCAGAAAACUGAGGAGCUUCCGAUGAAUGAAGUGGCGACAGAUGUACCUGAACCAACCACAUUGUCAGAUAAAGAUAAGGCAUCUAGCAAAGAAAUUGCAUCGAUGGAAGAAAAAGAGGUAUCGCAGGAGGAAACCAAGGAACCUGACACCGUCCAAAGUGUCACAUCUAGCAAUGAGGAGGCUCCAGGAGAAGUCCACGACGACAGUGAGAAUAAGGAAUCGACGAAGGCAGCACUCAGUAAUGAUACUGAGCUGAGCGAGGAAAAGUUGACGCAGCCGGAUAAGGAAGCAGAAAGUGAAUCCCGAAUAGAAGAAACAAAAGAUGGGAUAGCUACGGCAAUAGAAAACCGCAGUAAAUCUGCGGAGCAAGCAAGUGAGCAGACGAGUCAGUCUUCGGAGGUAGAUAAAGAUGUCAGCAAAAGUGAAAUUCCUUCUGAAGCAGAGCAGGACGCAACGAGUUCUUGUGACACAGAGCAACAGAAGAGUGAGCCUCCACCUGAAUCUGACAAACAAGAGGAAGUGGCAGUCAAGGAACAAGAACGGGUCUCUGAUGAGACAGUUGCUCAAACUAGUUUAGAGCAUGAAGUUGUGGAAGCUGCUGGUAAAGCUAACAACGAAGAGGUGACCGAUGCUUCUGUUCCUCCUAAACAGGAACCAACUGAAACAGGCGACGAUGGAGAGCCACAGAAAAUCGAACCACAUGUCGAAACUGUCGAAACUGCCGAAGUGGCCGACGCACCUUCUGCAGAGCCAGCAUCUGAGGAGAAGGCCAUACAAGAAGAAACAACAGAGUGUCCAGAAGAGAAGCCAUCUGAAGAAGAAAACAUUACCGCAGCUCCUGAUGAAGCGCAAGAAACGGGAGACGCCACUGCGAAACCUGAAGAAUUUCUUGAUGCCGAGAAAGCAGUUUCUGAAUCUGGAGAGUUAGAAUCACAGAUUACGGAAGCAGCGGAUGAACAAACCCAAGAGGCGGGCGUUGCUGAAGAAGCCUCCGAAACUGCUAAGCCCUCUGAGGAGGUCCCAAGUGAGCCACCUGCAGAAGAAGCGCCUUCCGAAGUCGAAGCUGUAAGCGAAGUUGUGUCCGCCGCUACAGCUACACCCGAAGUGUCUGCUGAGCCCCCGCCGCCGCCGCCGCCGUCUACCGAGACCAAGAAGAAACCCGCACCCAGGUCACCGUCGAAACGCGUUUCUACGAAGACCCCGCCCAAGACACUCGACAAGAAAGAUUCCCCUGCUGGUCAAGAUGCCAACUCCAAGGGUCCAACGUCGCCAAAGAAGGGGCUGGAAAAAAGCAGUUCCUCCCCAAAGAAGAGCGUUCCUUCGAAAAACGGCGUUACCUCGCCUUCUAAGACUGCCGCAAAGACACCAGGUUCCGAGCAAAAGAAACUGCCACCUAUCAAAGCCCCUGUUGGACAAGCGCCUCGCCCAGACUUAAAGAACGUACGGUCGAAGAUUGGGUCUUUGGAUAACAUUAAGCACCGACCGAAGGGUGGUGAGGUCAAGGUUCAAACGCAGAAACUGGAAUGGCGGGCAGCGCCGAAAGUUGGCUCCUUGGAUAACGCAUCGCACAAGCCUGGUGGGGGUGACAAGAAGAUUCUCUCCCAGAAGCUAGAUUUCAAAGCCCAACCUAAGGUUGGCUCCCUAGACAAUGUCGACCAUAAGCCAGCCGGUGGAGUACUCAAGGUAAGCCAAACUAAAGUGGAGACGCAGAAAUUGGAAUUCAAGCAAAAGGCGCAAUCCAAGGUUGGAUCUCUAGACAACGUCAAGCACAAGGCGGGUGGCGGUGCAGUCAAAAUCGUCUCUGAAAAGCUUGACUUCAAGGAAAGAGCUUCUUCGAAGAUUGGCUCCUUGUCUACGACGUCGGAUGUCAGCAGCAAUCGGGGCUCGGAAACUCAGAGCCCUGUACAGCCGACCAGCCCCGCUCCGAACGACGAUGUCGCUGCAGUGGAGGCCAACGGCCACGGGGCCGACUCGGACAUUUCGCCAACCAAAGACGAGGUAGCCAAUGUUGUGGCUCCAGAGCAGCCUCCUGUGGCUGCCACCGCUGAAGUGGCCCAAUGCUGAUGGCGGCAGCAUGAUCAUCAACCUACAACACAGCAGCUACGAGCUAGUGCGUUUCUCUUUUAACAAAGUAUAGUGGGACUCUGUCUUUUGUCUCUGUGUUUAGCAAGGUUUGCAGACGUGUAAAAACGUGCACUCGCAGUGUGUUUCUUUAGUUUCCUUCUUCUUCCCCCGCGACCCUCGUGUUCCUUUUCAUCUGUAGCGACCAGCCACAUCUCACCCUAGUUUGUUACACUCUGUCAACGUGGGUUUGGAGUUCAACAAAGUUCAAGAACACAGAGAGUUGAUCACACAUAUAGAGCGUGAAGCUUUUCACGGCGGGUAAAUAGAUUAUCAGAAGCAAUUUUCAAAAUUUACGUUUUGUUUGCGAAUUUGCUUCACGAUAAUGGCCGCCGUGAUAGGGUUUAAACGUCAUACGCCUUCCUGCAAUACAGCACUGAUGUCAACGAUGUUCCUUUUGGUAGGAGAUACCGUAAAUUUAAAAAAUAAAAAGAACAACAAUGCCCGCAAAUCCUAUAUUUCUUGUUCGAUGUAUUAAAACUAUGUAUGCAUAAAUAUAUAUAUACAUAUAUGAACUAGAUAUACUCCCUGAAGACUUAGCUUCCAUGACUACCAUCAGCGAUAGCCACACGCCUCUAUGUGCUACCCAUGUGUUAUACUUUGGAUUAUUUGUAUAAUCAACUGCUUUUGGUUGCGGUACACUUAAAUGUUUCCAUGUACGUAGAGCAGAUCUACUACACUUGUUCUCGUGGUUUAACGGCUGCAUUGCGAAACACUUGCUGCACGUAGAAUGCUGCUGAGCUUUAGCGUAUUUAUUAUUUCGUGACAGAGGGCCCACAGAGGAUACGAAUAGAUGAGCAGCAACGUAUGAAGCUCUUUACAUGUAAAUGUUAUCUUUCCUUCUCUUUUUAUGUACCCAUUACAUGAGUUCUUCAUGAUUAAGUUCACUUCACGCGAUUUCUUUCUUUUUUUUUCUUUAAAUGGGGAAAAGGCAUGUCAUCAAAAUCAUCUUGGGAGCAACUGCAAAUGGUGCGUUAAAAGACAAAAUAUACCUGAUAUGUCAUUUAAUGCGCCAUUAUAAGGUUAACAAUAUUGUAAACUUAUGUUAGUGCUAACGUCGUUAAACAAUAAGCAAAAGAGGAUUAUGCGAGUGAGCUGGUGUAAACGUGACGUGGCCAGCAUAUAUAUUCCUGAGUGUCGGGCUUAAGGCAGGGAGACGAACAGAGAAACGUACAACUUUACGUAUGUUUUCGCGCCCGUGUCUGAACCACAAACGCAGAGACAUUCUGCCUACGUUACCGCCAAACAACUUCAGCAAUUUGCCCAGCUACAACCAAUAUAUGGUUGUUCUGCAGCAUCAUUUCCGAAGGAUAUCAGUGCAGAAUUUAAUUUGUCGAAAAAUAUUACGCCAACGUUGCAAUCUGAUUUCCGCGACAGACAUUAUAGUUGCUUCUGGUGUUGCCAUUUAUUUAAGAUGUCCUUUGAUCCACGUAUUUUUCAUUCAACGUACCCGAAUAUUUCACAUGUAAGAGCAAACGGUACAUUUGGGACUGGAUGUGACCCGGAGUAACGAUAUCGUACUCCGAGUGUCACAAAGGGAGAAGGUACGGAUACGGAUUCUGCAUCUACGCCUAAUGUCGCCACUUGCUUUUGUCCGCCUCUAUGCUUAGCUGUGUCCUUAUGUAUACUUGUGAGCCGUAUGCGUGUAUGUAAAUAAAAGAAUAAAGAUCUCUGCCCUGUUGAGGUUUUAAAGAGCUUGGUGCGGACACAUUCCUUAGAUAUAACAGUCCAUGGAGGCGAGAAUGUUCAAUGUGCUGUGAUGGCUUUGUGGCGAUGAAAAAGAUGGGCAAUGGUUAUUGCCUCAAUGGAAAAUUACAAUGUAGAGAUACAACUCUAUCCUACUUUAGUAAACACAGAUGUGCCAUUUUAUAUGCAUCUCUUUGAUAGCAUUAUCUCCGAAAGGCUGCUUUAUAGGUAGCACUUUCUCUGUUUUGUACGAGACUGGUUUGUUGUUCUUCCACCAUAUUCGAACUAAAGGAGUUCCUGUUUUGCUGUUCAUAGCUUUUUUGUAAACUUACUCUAGUGUAUUAACCCGCUUACUUUGUCAUUUUGACAACGUAGUCUCUGCUACGCUUAAUGUGCACUUACUGUAGUGUAUAAUCAAUUAAUCACGAACCAUUACUGCCAAGACGUAUUCCUGCAAUUGCAUUGAACUGAAUUGAAUUGCAUGAUUGGUCGCUGUUGAGUGCCUGUAAAGUGCAGUGAAGCACAAGUUAUGGCUAUGCACAUCAGUGAUGGUGCGUAUUACAGGGUUGCAGUGUACAAUGAUAGCGGGUUCUCUUUUUUUCGUUUUACAUUCGUAGUACACGGCCCCGAGGUCUGAUCCUGUACAAACGACGCCUAAACAACGGUGCCCUCUAAUGUGUAGUUUCUUGGACAGAAUCCAACCGUGUCGCGAACGUUAAAUACCUGAUGCAAGUCGCUUAUGCUUUUCACAAAUUCAGGUGAUACACGUAGUGCUAAUUGGCCAAAAAGUGACGGAUUGACACAAAGAAAAUUAUCGCUUGCAACGAGUAGAUAUAUACUAGCUUGAACGCGGUUUUGUACAAGCACAGGUGUGGGGCGCAUGAAUGACAAUUCUUUGGAAAGAUGUGAUGUCGCUUGGAAGCGUUUCUUUAGCCGCCAUUUUUCCGUUCCUUCUGAUUUCAGUCACCCCUGAUGUGCUUCACAUCUUUUGCCAAAUCGGUGCGUGGAAAUUCCACCAUUCUGCCUGCUGCUAAAUAAGAAUUGUAUUUUGUAGGUCCAAUAAAGUAUUAAAACGAAUA